GGCGCGCCACUCCCGCCACUCGCCGCACACAAGAGCAUCAGCACGCAGCUCUCACGCACAACAAAUCAAGCAAGCUCAAGCUCUGACUCGUUUCUUGCUCAGUUCAUUCCAGUCCAGUGCUGUUCAGUAAUGAGCAGCUGCUUUGCGGCGUCAGCGAUGAGCGACCUGAUUCCGGGGUUGCCGGAGGAGGUGGCGAGGGAGUGCCUCAUCCGGGUGGGCUUCGACCAGCUGCCGGCCGUGCGCCGCAUCUCGCGGCAGUGGAAGGAAGAGGUCGAGUCGCCCGACUACGGCCGCCUGCGCCGCGCCGAGGGGCUGGCGCGCCCGGUGCUCGCCAUGGUCCAGGCGCAGCCCGAGCGCGUCGAGCCUGGCCCGGCGCAGAAGCACGCGUCGGCGUCGGCGGCCAACGGCGGCCCCGCGAACAACUACAGGAUGGUGCUGCUGGACCCGCUGGAGGGGCGGUGGGCUCCGCUCCCGGUGCUGCCCGGCCCGACCGGGAGCCUGCCCCUGUUCUGCCAGGUGGCCGCGGUGGACGGCGCGCAGGGGAGGAAGCGGCUGGUGGUCGUCGGCGGGUGGGACCCGGAGUCGUGGGCGCCGACCGACUCGGUGUACGUGUACGACUUCUUGACCGGCGCGUGGCGGCGCGGGGCGCCCAUGCCGGGCCCGCGCCGGUCCUUCUUCGCCACCGCGGCCGUCGGCGGGGCCGUGUACGUCGCCGGCGGGCACGAUGAGGAGAAGAACGCGCUCCGGUCGGCGCUGGCGUACGACCUGGACGCCGACGCGUGGGCCGCGCUCCCGGACAUGGCGGAGGAGCGCGACGAGCCGCGCGGGCUCUGCGUCGGCGGCAGGUUCCUUGUCGUCGGCGGGUACCCGACGCAGGCGCAGGGGCGGUUCGCCGGCUCCGCCGAGGCCUUCGACCCGGCGACGGCGGCCUGGGCCACCGUCCAGGAGGGCCUGCUAGAGGACGGCGCGUGCCCGAGAACCUGCUGCGUGGCGCCGGGAGCGGAGCGCAUGUACAUGCUCCGCGACGGGAACCUCGUGGCCCGCGACGGCGGCGCCUCGGCGGGGUGGCGCACGGUGGCGUCCGUGCCGGAGGACGCCCGUACCGCCUCGACAGUCUCCGCCAUCCCCGGCGGCCGCGUCGUGGUGAUCGGCUCAGGUUGCCACGGAGGCGACCAGACCGUGUACAUGCUGCGCGACGAGGCCGGCAAGGCCGCGUCCUGGGCACGCGCCCCGGCACCGCCGGAGUUCUCUGGGCACGUGCAGGCUGCAUGCUUCCUAGAGAUCUGACCACCUGAGCGUAUGUACAGAACCAUGAAUAGUGUAUAUAGAGGUAUAUGUGCACAUAACGCAUCAAUGCGCGUCUGCGAGGGCUGCGCCUUUUUGCGCCAUGACUCGAGCUUGCAUAGCACCCAUGUAAGAAAAUGAUGGUUAAACGAGUCCAGAAAGAUCGUUGCAAUGAACAAAGCUCAAUGAUAAGAUGCCGGUUCUGUUUU